AUGCUUAAAAAAAAGAAAGAUUUACCCCUUCUUUUCUUUUUUUAUCUUUUUCCCUUCCUUUUCUUUUUUCCUUUUCAUCUUUGUCCUUUCCUUUUUCUUUUUCCUGUUCAUCUUGUUCCCUUCUUUUUUCUUUUUUCUUUUCCUCUCUUCUCUUCCUUUUUCUUUUUCCUGUUCAUCUUGUUCCCUUCUUUCUUCUUUUUUUUCUCUUUUCCUCUCUUCUCUUCCUUUUUCUCUUCAUCUUUUUCUAUGUUUUACUUCUUUUCUUUCCCUACUAUUUUCCUUUCUUUACAUUUUCUCUUCCGUUUUCAUUUCAUUUUUUUUUUACUUUUCUUCUUUUUCUUUCUUUUUUUACCUUUUUCUUUUUCUUCGCCAACUUUAUCAUUAAAUUUAUUAGCAUCCGUUUUGCAGACACUUGCAAAUAUUGAUUUCUUACAUCAUUCUCUCACUUUCUCUCCUCCUCUAUCUUUAAUGUAUAUUCCUUGUUUCCUCUUGCCACUUCUCAUGUGUAGCCUAAUUUUCUCUCUCUCUCUCUCUCUGUCUCUCUCUGCUCUCUCCCCAUAUUUUUUCAAUCACUUCUUUCUUUUCGGCAUUUUCUCUUUCUCUCUCCUUGUUUCUUUUUCUCUCUCCAGCAUAGAUUUCUUUUCUUAG